GGUCCUCGUAGGGCUGUUGGAAAGCGAAUCAUGGCUGUUUGUUCGUUAGCAUGGUGCACCUUAUGACAUUUUUUUCAUCCAGCUGACUUUUCUGCCUUUGUACAUUUUCACAAGCUGGGAUUUAACGAGCAGUUUGACUCAUUUUAUAGCAGACAUGGAGCAGCGUUUAUUACCUUUAUUCUUAUCGGACAGUGUUGUGAACUAGACGUUUUGUUCUGUCAUGUCAUUGUUAUUUUCCGUACGAAAAUGUACAGUUCAAUCUCCGACAACGGACUCAUGCGGCCGGAGGAAUGUUCUGGCAGCACCGGCCUUUUGCCUCGACACAGCCGUAAACACAGCCGGAGGCUGGAGGCCGACAGUAACAUUAGCCUGCUAAGUUUGGCGACUGAAGAGGACGACGAAGUCCAGUUUGACACUUCAGACGCAGAUGAUAACCGUGAGGUGUUGGUGGCUGGUAGGCAUUACCCGUCAAUCCAAGAGUUUGCCUCAGCGAUCCCCAACCACCUUCUCCUUGGGUCUUUGCUCGAGCAUCUGUGCUUUGUUUACGAGAGCAAUCCAGCUCGUUCGCGCAUGUUGUUUAAAGUAAUAGGCCAGCGCUUAGCUGCCAUGAACCUGCUUUCACCUCUGGCCAUAAGUGAUGAAUUCAGCACCGUCAGACUCCAGCAUAACCGGGCCUUCACUGAGCUGCUUAAUGCUGCCAGCUCCUCACUCUACCCUCAGGGCCAACAGCGUCUCGGGACAAAUACACACAAUCCUGCUCUAAGGCCUAAGGAGGGACUGUUCCAAGCGCAGACAUCAAGGUAUCUCAGUGAGUUUGAAGAAAUCUGUAGACUUGGGAAAGGAUCAUAUGGAAAUGUAUUUAAGGUUAUGAACAAACUGGAUGGACAGUAUUAUGCUGUGAAGAAAAUUCUCAUCAAAAAAGUUUCAAAGGAAGACUGUAUGAAGGUCCUCAGGGAGGUCAAAGUGUUGUCCAGCCUGCAGCAUUUAAAUGUUGUGGGCUAUCACACUGCAUGGAUGGAACAUGUUCAGCCUGCUGCACAUCCGGAGUCAAGCCUUCCUGCACUAGAAUCUCCUGGACAAGACGACAGCCUUGAUGAAAGUCUGGAAAACCACAACAGCAGCAGUUCCUCUAUAGUUUUUCAGAGCCGCAGUCAAGCACCCACAGAUGCUGCUUCAAGUGCCAAAGUACCUCAGAGAGACACACAGCCUAUAAAGGCCUUAGUUCCAACCCAGGAGGGCCAGGUGGUGUGUCCCAAGACGAUGCACUGUGUCCCAGAGAACUAUGUGCCUUGUGUUUUCCUUGGACAGCAAGAUCCCAUUAAGGCCUCUAAAUGUCCUGCCAUGGGUUGGGACGGGUCAGCAGUUUUAGAUGAGGAGUCCAGCAGGAGUAGCAUUGAACUAAACAACAACUCCUGCAUUGACAAGGAAUGCCAGCAGUGGGCGGACAAGCGUACAGCAAGGCCUUCUAAAGAGGUGAAGUUCCACCUGAUGCUUUAUAUCCAGAUGCAGCUAUGUGAGCGCUCUCUAAAGGACUGGAUAUCUGAGAGGAACGCCAAGCCCAAAGAUGAACAAAUCUCAAGAUGUCCUUAUGCCUGUGUUGAUACGGAACACACACUCAGCAUGCUGAGACACAUACUUGAAGGUGUGGAGUACAUUCACUCCAAGGGAAUCAUGCACAGGGACCUGAAGCCAAGGAACAUUUUUCUUCACGGCCAUGAUUGUCAUGUUCGGAUUGGGGACUUUGGUUUGGCCUGCAGGAACAUCAUAAUGGAUGGCCUUAAAAGCACCACCUCUCCUGACAGUGAUCCCAGCCAUACUUCAGGCGUUGGUACAUUUGUGUAUGCUGCACCAGAACAACUGACGGAUUCCCAUUAUAAUUCAAAGUCGGACAUGUACAGCAUCGGAGUGCUGGCUCUUGAGCUAUUCCAGCCCUUUGGGACUGAAAUGGAGCGGGUCCGGACUCUUGGGGACCUGAGGGAAGGGAAAAUCCCAGACUCGUUCUGCCACAGAUGGCCAGUUUUGACGAAGUACAUCAUGAAGCUGACAAAUAAAGAACCUAGUGUUCGUCCCACAGCCAGCCAACUUCUACAGAGUGAACUCUUCUGCAAUAAAGACAUGGUGAUCCAUGGUUUGCAGAGAAGGGUUGAAGAGCAGGAGGAAGAGAUCAUGCAGCUGAGGAGACGGAUCACUCAGCUUCAGACUUCACAGGUCACAGUUCAUUUCUCUGGGCUGGAAAAAACCUGAGCCUAAAUAAUCUCAACAGACUGUUAAAACUUGUUCAGCCACAGCUCUGUUUUGUUUUGUUAACUUGGUACAAGUGGAAGGGUGUUUUUUUGUAUGUGUGAAUAUUUAAGUUUGUCUUAUACAUCUGGAGUGCAAAUAAAUUUCUUCAUUCAGCAGUUCAAUAAAAAUUAUAUGAUAUGAUAUCCAAGA